GGAAAAGAAAAACAGAGAGAAAAAAGAGAGAAUGAUUUGCCUUUUGGUUCAAGUAAACAAAGCCGAGCUAUAAAGAUAAAACAAAGGUUCCCUUCUAAGUUGUCUGAAAUUAAACUUUUUAUUUAUUUAUUUAUUUUUAUUGUCUUUACGUAGGAAAAUUUCGAAAAAAAUUGAGGGAAAUGAAAAACAGUAAAAAAUUUCCGUCAAAUUUAUUUUGCCUUUUCUCUUCUUCUCUUCUCUUUUACUUUCACGCGCCCUUCAUCUCUGCAACAACAACAACACAGCCUCCUCUUGAGGCUCUGCGCCAGUUUUCUUCUUCAUUGUCGUCGAUGAAACUUCUCGACGGCCGCCGCUGCCGACGGACGCGACCCCGACGCGGCGCCACCUCCUCCUGCGAUUACGCAUUCACGACCAACAUGUUGUAAUGGACAACGGCAUAAUCGGGGUCAACUUGUCGAAUCCAAAGGGUAUGGUCAUUGGAAUACAAUACAAAGGGGUUGAAAACUUGCUUGAGGUUGGCAAUGCCGAAGAUGAUAGAGGAUAUUGGGACAUCGUUUGGAAUCUGGCAGGAAGUUCAGGAACAAAGGGCAUUUUCGAUCGACUUGAAGCAACAGAUUUCAAGGUAAUUGUAGAAAAUGAUGAACAAAUAGAACUCUCAUUCAGCAGAACUUACAAUUCAUCCACCGGAGGCGAUCUCAUUCCCUUAAACAUCGACAAAAGGUUCGUGAUGCUUCGUAAUUCAUCAGGAUUCUAUUCGUACGCCAUUUACGAACACUUGAAAGAAUGGCCUGCGUUUAUCAUCGACAACACUAGAAUCGUAUUCAAGCCCCGAAAAGACAAGUUUCAUUACAUGGCUGUAGCAGAUAAGAGACAGAGAUUCAUGCCUUUGCCCGACGAUCGGAAGCCACCGCAAGGGGAAGCCCUAGCUUAUCCGGAGGCCGUACUUCUUGUCGAUCCUAUAGAACCAGAGUUCAAGGGAGAGGUGGAUGACAAGUACCAAUACGGCUGCGAAAGCAAAGACGCUCGGGUUCACGGGUGGAUAUCCACCGACCCGCCCAUUGGCUUUUGGCAUAUCGCACCCACCGAGGAGUUCCGCUCCGGUGGACCCCUCAAACAGUUUCUCACCUCCCAUGUCGGUCCCACAACCCUUACUGUUUUUCAUAGUGCUCAUUACGCAGGAGAGGAUAUGGUUGUAAAGUUCGGAUGUAAUGAGCCAUGGAAGAAGGUUUUCGGUCCUAUCUUUAUCCAUCUUAAUUCCUUUCCUGAAGGAGAGGAUCCGCUUAGACUCUGGCAAAAUGCUAAAGAACAGAUGAUGGCUGAAGUUCAAAGCUGGCCUUACGGUUUCCUUGCUUCUGAGGAUUUUCCCAAAUCCGAUCAACGAGGCACCGUCAACGGCAGAUUGAUAAUCCGGGAGAGAUAUGUGAGUGAUGAAUAUGUGCCUGCAAGUGGUGCAUAUGUGGGGUUGGCACUUCCUGGAGAACUUGGCUCUUGGCAAACCGAAAGCAAGGGCUACCAAUUCUGGACUAGAGCAGAUCAGAAUGGAUCUUUCUCUUUGAAUAAUGUUCGCAGCGGAAAUUAUAGUCUCUAUGGAUGGGUCCCCAAUUUUAUUGGCAAUUACCAAUACAACGCUUUCAUCGCCGUAACCCCAGGCAGUGAUAUCAAUGUGGGAGAACUUGUUUUUGAGCCCCCAAGAGAUGGUCCAACAUUGUGGGAAAUAGGCAUUCCUGACCGUACUGCUGCAGAAUUCUAUGUGCCAGAUCCUAAUCCAAAGUAUAUUAAUAAACUUUAUGUCAAUCAUUCAGAUAGGUUUAGGCAGUAUGGAUUAUGGGAAAGAUACACAGAGUUAUAUCCUGACGAGGAUCUAGUUUAUACAGUCGACCUUAGUGACUAUAGAAAAGAUUGGUUCUUUGCACAGGUUACCAGGAAGAUAGAGGACAACAAAUAUGCUGGAACUACCUGGAAAAUAAAGUUCCAACUUGACAGUCCAGAUACACAUGGAACAUAUAGGCUGCGUCUUGCAUUGGCCACUGCACAUGCUGCAGAAUUACAAGUUCGACUGAAUGAUGCACAAGCACUUCCUCCAUUAUUCACAACUGGAUUGAUUGGAAAGGACAAUACUAUAGCUAGACAUGGAAUCCAUGGUCUCUAUCGUUUGUACACGGUUGACAUUCCGGGUGGUGAGCUUGUGGUGGGCAACAAUACAAUUCUUCUUACGCAAGCAAGUAGCAACAGUCCUUUUGUAGGGAUCAUGUAUGAUUAUAUUCGUCUAGAAGGACCCUUAACAUCCAAAAUAUUCGCAGUUGAAGUUAAAUGUAUGAAACAAGAUGCUUUAGAGGAUUAGAAAAAAGGGCACUAUAAAUAUUUUCUUUUCCGACUGCAAGUCUUGUCAUUUCACAAAAUCCGGGAAAUACUAUCAGUU